UUCUUCUUCUUCCAGUUGCCUUUGCGUGGUGGAGGAGGAGGUCUGAACCUCUGGGCUGUUGCUGUGUUGUGUCUGUGCCUCUCUCAGAGCCUCAGAGCCCACUGGAUGCGCUGAGAGCUGCGGUACAGUAUAUGGAAGUUGUGGGCUGCAAGACAGAGGCAAGCAGUUGCAAGUUGCGUCCAGGACCGGGAGCCAUGCUUUUCCACGGGAUCUCGGGGGAUCACAUCCAAGGGAUCAUGGAGGAGAUGGAGAGAAGGUCGAAAACGGAGUCGCGCCUGGCGAAGGGCAUGCAGCUCAACGGGAGAGAGUCGACCAUGCCCUCCAUGAGCCCGGAGAAGCCUGCUCUGUGCGCCGGCUGUGGCGGCAAGAUUUCGGAUAGAUACUACCUCCUGGCCGUGGACAAACAGUGGCACCUGCGGUGUCUCAAAUGCUGUGAAUGUAAACUAGCGCUGGAGUCGGAGCUAACGUGUUUUGCCAAGGAUGGGAGUAUCUAUUGCAAGGAUGAUUACUACAGAAGGUUCUCCGUGCAGAGGUGCGCGCGCUGCCACCUCGGGAUCUCGGCCUCGGAGAUGGUGAUGCGGGCGCGCGACUCCGUGUACCACCUGAGCUGCUUCACGUGCACCACUUGCAACAAGACGCUGACUACGGGCGACCACUUCGGCAUGAAGGACAGCAUGGUGUACUGCCGGCUGCACUUCGAGACGCUGGUGCAGGGACCGGACUACCACCAGCAGCUCAACUUCGCCGAGCUGGCGGCCAAGGGCGGCGGCCUCGCCCUGCCCUACUUCAACGGCACCGGGACGGCGCAGAAGGGGCGGCCGCGCAAGAGGAAGAGCCCGGCCAUGGGGAUAGAUAUACCCAGCUACACAGGCUGCAACGAGAAUGACACCGAUCACAUGGACCGGGACCAGCAGUCCUACGCUCCAACACAGAAGACCAAACGCAUGCGGACCUCUUUCAAGCACCAUCAGCUGCGGACAAUGAAAUCCUACUUUGCCAUCAACCACAACCCAGAUGCCAAGGACUUAAAGCAGCUGGCCCAGAAAACAGGCCUCACUAAGAGAGUUCUACAGGUUUGGUUCCAAAACGCAAGAGCCAAAUUCAGAAGGAACGUUUUGCGACAGGAGAAUGGAGGUGUUGAUAAGGCUGAUGGCACCUCACUCCCUCCACCCUCAUCUGACAGUGGGGCCCUACCCCCCUCCAGCACGGCCACACUAACAGACCUGACAAACCCCUCUAUCACUGUAGUGACCUCCGUCACCUCUAGUUUGGACAGCCAUGAUUCGGGGAGCCCUUCACAAACUACCUUGACAAACCUUUUCUAACAAGCUAUCUCGAGCAGACUGAUUUUUUUAUCUGAUUUUAUUUUAUUAUAAUUUUUUUAUGUUCUUUUGAUUUUUUUCCUCAAUUUACAUUUUAUUUUUUUAAGUGACACCUUUAAAUCUACCAGAGACAGCUCCUUGGAACAGAAAGUGCUGUACUGUGUACACAAACAAGAACAACAAGAGCAAGAACAGCAGCGACCACAUUAAAACACAAGGAAAUCAUUUUAAUGUGUAGCAUUUGAAACCACAUGGCAGCCGUGUCUGUAGUUGACUUAAAGUAUGCAGGGAUUGAUUUUUUGGACGGGACAUUUUUGAAGUUGAAGCUAAAGAAAAUUUUCCUGGAUCCCACAAAUCAUCGGAAAAAAAAUAAUUAAACAUGAAGCUUGUCUGGAAAACUAGAUUUUUACUUGAUUUGACUUUAUUUGUACAUUUGUAUUGAAUUAUGAUAAAACAAGCCCUUCCUUAUUUAUGGUUAAUUGACACAUUUUCAAAUAAUAUGAAUAUUUUGCCCUCGGAAACCUGUAUAUGUAUGCACUGUGUUCGCACUAUCCAAUUUAAAGAUUUUAUUUCUGUUUGGGAAUAAUUUGGGAAACAAACUUGUCGAAUGUUCUGUAGAUGGGUAACUCCAGAAAACAGGCUUUAAUUAUCUCCGAAUGUUUCGGUCUGUAAGACUGAGUUGGAUGGAAUCAGACAUUGAGAUAUCUCACAGAGCUACAUGUGUAACGUCUAAAUUGCAUUAUAAGCGCCUAACCAUCGCAGCUUAAAAGGCAGGUAGAUGCUGAAACCACAAACACUUUUUGUCUUGAUUCACAAGUCUACUGUGAUAGAAAGAAAGAAGCCAAUCCCUCAAUCUGUACAGUGGUAACUGUUCAACAUGUAAUGCAGUGACAUUGAUAGAAAUGGUUUGAUAAUUACAAAUCAGCGGGAGAAAUUUGGAUUGGAGAACAGUUUAUGCACGCUGUUGCAAUCGAUUGUUUUCAUGACAGCACUUUUUCAGAUUUGUUGGCCUCAUAGAUUAACCGUAGUAAAAUGGAUAAACACUAGUAAACAUAUCCAUAGAUCCACAGCUAAACUCAAUUGCACAGUGACAAUAUACUGCCCAGUGAAAAGUGCAUUAUUGUUUUUAUCAUGUUGCUCAGGGUAACGAUGUGAUUUUAAAAAGGGAAAAGGAGAAAUUAAGUGGUUGCGACGUUGCGGACUAGAUUUGUAGAGCUGACAUGAACAUUCAAAUGACCUCAGAUAGGUGGAGUCGCAUUGGCAGCCAGUGGGAAAUCAUUGUCCAUGUGUACUCCUUUUUGGCCAUAUUUAUACUUUCUUUAAUGACACUUGCCACUGAACAGACCAAAAACAUGUUUCUUCUGGCUGAAAGAUAGAGUAAAAAGAAAGACAGAGCAAAUCUUCAAUGGAGUUAAUACAUUUCAUUGUGAGCGUCACAAUUUGUUCUAUUGUAGAACAAAGUGGUACUCUAGAUCUACUUAUUGAAGUAGAUGCCUAACUCAGUUCUACUAUGUGCCUUAUGCUAUAACUUGGGAGAAAGUUUGUGAAAUUCAGGAUAUAUGUGUUCUUUGUUAACUGAUUCACAUCCUUUUGACGCCUCACUAGUUUUGUACUGUUUUGCAUCUUAUUUCCGAAGAUCUUUUUAUGGUGUAUCCUGUUAAAAAGGGGGCAGCGAUGUCAUAGAAAGCAUUUGUGCACUCUUUCAGAUAUAGUUGGGUAAUCCAAGAACCUUAUAUAUUGAUCUUCGUGUUAAUAGUUGAGUACAGUAAGUGUUCUAUCAAGAUUGUCCAUGUUUCCCUGUUUCUUGAUAAAGAUGGUGUAUAGAAACUAUUUCCCCUUAAAUAUUUAUGGACCAAACGGUUGUUAUAUAUCUUAUUAAAUUUGUGUGAAUAAAAAUACUUUGCUUUAAA